CUAGUGCAGGCCAAAGCAAUGUAUGGUAUAGAAGUAUGGUACUGGGACGCAUCAUCCACCUCGCGAACAACGCUUAAUGCCGGGCAGUACAAAGCCUGUAAAAUAAUCGCCGGCAUUCCCAAAGGUAGCCGCACAGAAGAUGCUUUACUUGAGGCCAACCUGCAGCCACUGAGUACGACGGUACUCACUUGUAGCCUCAAAUAUGCGAUCCUGUGCGAAACGCGAAGAGGGGCGGUACGUGACAGCGCCAGAGUGGUUUAUUCAGCUGACCACCCCGUACGACAACUGUAA